GCGUGGAGGCAGUCGAGCUGCAGACAGGGGUCUUGUUUUUGGGGGAACUCUGGCUGAUGUUAGCGGUGGAGAGGAGAGAGGAGAGAGGGGAGGGGUGGGCAUGACAUGUGAGCCAAGUCUGCACAGAUACAACAAAUACCCAAAGUAUGUCUGCGGCAUGGGCGGGUCGAUGCUCGGAGGCUCUGAGACUUGACUCAGGUGAAUGAGAGCUCAGCUGCAGAAUUAGUAUUUUUUUGUCUCUCCUCUCCUCUUGUGUCCCCCCCCACCUCUCCACGGUGAGAGGAGACCGACGCGGCAGCUGUAGCUCUCCGUGCCUGCUUCACCCCGCUUCAGUCCAGCAGGCGUCAAGGUGCAGCGGGCGGGAGGACGAGCCGCCGUUUAACGUCGCAGACUUAACGUGACGGCUUUGCCGAGUGACCUCAGAGAGACGGAGACACGCGGGAGAGGACACUAUGUCAAAGGAGACGAGAGGAAAAGGAUCAUCACGAAAGCACAGCGCCGCUCAUUGGUGUCUGCAGAACAUUGCUCAAGAAUCAGUUGAAAGCUCUGAUGAGGAGUUCUUUGAUGCCAGAGCAGAUGUUAUGGAGGGGAAGAGCGCCAUUCUACUGGGCAUGAGUCAGUGGAACUCAAAUGACCUGGUGGAGCAGAUUGAAACUCUGGGACACAUGGAGGACCAGUCGCACGAGGGUCUCUACCAGCUGGGUGGUCCACGCUGUGUCCCUCAGAGCAGCAUUGAAGGACUGGAGGACACAGAGAGGGAAUGUAAGACGCAUGUGCUGCUGCUGGUGGUGCAUGGAGGAAACAUCUUGGACACAGCAGGAGGAGACCCCAGCACAAAGACUGGCGAUGUGGACACGCUGGCCUCGGUGCUGGAGAAGGUGACGCAGGCGCAUUUCCAGGCCGUCGGCGAACACGUCAAGAUCAAGCUGGUGCCAUGUCUGGCUGUGUGUGCCGAGGCCUUCUCGCUGGUGUCCAAUCUGAACCCAUACAGCUAUGACGAGAGCUGCGUGUCCAGUAGCGUGGACCACCUGCCCCUGGCUGCUCUCCCCCUCCUCGCCAUCGUCUCACCUCGCUACCAGGAUGCCGUGGCCACCGUGAUCGCCCGAGCCAACCAGGUCUAUCGCAGCUUCCUGCAGUCAGAGGACGGCCAGGGAUUCACGGGUCAGGUGUGCCUGAUGGGCGACUGUGUGGGAGGUGUGCUGUGCUUCGACGCUUUGUGCUUUAGCAACCACCAGAGGCCUGGCAGCCCCAACAACAGCAGCAAGAACAACAGCACUGAGAGCCUGAAGGAUAACUCGGGCCUACUCGGGGACUCCAGCCCGGGUCUGAGUUCUAGCAAGAGGCUCAGUAAAAGCAACAUCGAUAUCUCCGCCCCCAAUGAAGGGCACGGCCAGAGCGGGCCACCGCUCAGCCGUAAGCAGAGCGACUCCUAUGAUGGAGACACCAUGUCCACGGGCCAGCACAGCUUUUUUUCAAGUUUGAUGAAGGAAGGUGUGGAGCUGCGUGGUGGCAGUAACCCCGGUCUGGUGUUGAAUCCCGGUCGAUUUGACUUUGAGGUGUCUGACUGCUUCCUGCUGGGCUGCCCUUUGGGCCUUGUGCUGGCCAUGAGACGCACUGUGCUGCCUGCCGUCCAGGUGAGCCAGCUGCAUCCAGCCUGCUCUCAGAUUUUCAACUUGUUUUACCCUUCAGACCCUUCAGCCUCCAGACUGGAGCCGCUGCUGCAGCCUCUCUUCCACAAGUUGCCACCUUACGCUGUGCCGCGUUACCAGCGCUACCCUCUAGGAGAUGGACGCUCAAUGCUCAUUGCGGAGAGUAUCCAAGGCCAUUCAAAUGUGUUUUUGGAAGGUGAGCAAACCCCCGGAGGUCCAGCUUCACAGACGUCCUCUGAGACUAAGACUGAAGGAGGAGGGGGAGAAGAAGGAGGUCGUAGAGCCAGCGUGACCAGUGUGGAAAGUGAAAUGUCCAUUUGCUCCACGGGCCAGCUGGGAAACACCAUCGCUAACAUUUCCAGUAGCUGGUGGGGCUCCAAGAGGCUGGAUUAUGCUUUGUACUGUCCUGAUGUGCUGACUGCCUUCCCAACGGUGGCUCUGCCUCACCUUUUUCAUGCCUCCUACUGGGAGUCCACUGAUGUAGCAGCCUUUGUUCUCCGGCAGCUCAUGGGAUGUGACUGUGUGAAGACCCAGGAAGCGGGCAGUUUGGGCUCUGCUCCGUUCUCUCUCUCCAGCCCACGAGAAAAAUGGCUCAGAAGGAGGACACAUGUCAAACUAAGGAACGUCACUGCCAACCACAGGGUGAAUGAUGUCAUUGCCACCGAGGAUGGGCCUCAAACUCUGGUUGGUCGCUUUAUGUACGGCCCUUUGGACAUGGUCACUCUGACCGGAGAAAAGGUGGACAUCCUGCUAAUGACACAACCUCAGUCCGGCCGCUGGGUGCACUUCGACAUCGAGGUGACCAACAGCAGCGGCAGAGUCGCAUAUACGAUACCCAAGAGCAAGAAGCUUGGCCUGGGAGUCUAUCCGAUGAAAAUGGUGGUCAAGGGCGAUCAAACAAGUGCAGAGGCCUACCUGACUGUGUUGCCGCGGGGCAUGGAGUGUGUGGUCUUCAGCAUCGAUGGCUCUUUUGCUGCUAGUGUGUCGAUCAUGGGCAGUGACCCCAAAGUUCGCCCUGGAGCUGUCGAUGUCGUCAGGCAUUGGCAGGACCUGGGUUAUCUGAUCAUCUACAUCACAGGCCGCCCUGAUAUGCAGAAGCAGCGGGUGGUGUCUUGGCUGUCGCAGCACAAUUUUCCUCACGGGAUGAUCUUCUUUUCUGAAGGCCUGGUCCACGAUCCCCUUCGACAAAAGACCAUCUUCCUCAGGAACCUCAUACAGGAGUGUCACAUUAAGAUCAACUCUGCUUAUGGCUCCAUGAAGGACAUCUCUGUUUACAACAUGCUCGGCCUCUGCCCCCCACAGAUUUAUAUUGUUGGCAGACCUUCGAAGAAGUACCAAAAUCAGUGCCAGUUCCUGAGCGAGGGAUAUGCAGCGCACCUCUCAACCCUUCAGUUUGGGCACAGAGCCAGACCCAAGAAAUCCCCUUCAGUUCGUAUGGUCCUAAGGAAGGGCUCUUUUGGUCUCUCGGCGAAGCCGGACUUCCUGUGUAAGCGCAGCCACCUGCGCAGGACCAUGUCAGUCCAACAACCCGACCCGCCGUGCACACCCAACCCCAAGCCUGAGCGAGCUCAGAGCCAGCCGGAGUCAGAUAAGGACCACGGAGGAGGAGGACAAGGUGCAUGGGGACGGCCCUCCAUUCACCGUGGAGACACCACUCCCUGACGUCAAAAAGAGAUGGAAGGGUUGCAGGAAUAAAGAAGAGGAGGAGAACAAAGUUGUCUUAGUGUCCAGGGCCAAGUGUCACCUCUACCACCAUGUAGAUACAUGUACAUCGGAUCCUCUGCUGGUAUCCCUCGCAGCUGAGCUUUACCUCCUGCUUGGCCCUCUACACUUUUCCACCUGUUCGGCCCUUUUCUCGUGACCUGCUCGGUGGAUUAUUAGUCUUUGUGCCUAAAAUGUUCAGCAGGCGCAGAGGGAUGGCAAGGAUGUUUGCGAAUGUCCCUGUCGCGCUAAAAUUGUGUCUAAUUGUAAAAUGAAAAAAAAAAAUGUACUUCAGAUAGUAUAUAUGCGCGUAUUCAUGCACACACACACACACACAGGCUUCAGAGGAGGAAAGAUGUGGCGACGGUGGUGACUUCGAACCUGUUGAGACCUUGCAACAGAUUCCCCGAUGCAAUCCCGAUAUAACCGUCCGCUGAUGUAAAUACUCAACGCACGUCAUGCCUGUUUGGGCCUCUGGACACAGAAGCACUGUGACAUUUAGGUUCAAGCUGUACGCGAGGUCUGAGAUCUGCAGCUCCAAUGAGCCGACCUUGCCGGCCGCCAUUUCACUCCCACUGUAAGAUGUCUCCCUCGCAUUGUGGCUUCUGGCUUGUCUGGCAGAACAGGCGCUUUGACAGCCGCCUCAGAUCGGGUCCACAUGCGCUGAGGGGCUACUCGGGCCCCUGAGGUCGCACUUGCACUAUGGAAGAACACCGCAGUGGUUCUCAAUUCAGCUGCGGCACUCGCUUCACAAUCAAAAGAGUUGUAUUUUAUUGUAGUUGUAGUUUUUGUUUUUCCUGCAGAUUGUGCACUGUCACUGCUUGAUGGUUGGUGUAACUCCUGGAAGAUUAAACACAAAUGGUUUGUUGGUUUGACCAAAAAAAUGUUUACAGAUUGACAGACACGGAUGUAAAAAGUGAUCAGAACUUGUUUAUCUACGUAAUUAAAAUGACAGUGUAAUUAUCAUCAUAGUUUAGUUGCUUGGUAGUUGCAGUUGCUUGCAGGAUAUUGUACUGUACAAUACACCCCAUGCCAGUUGCAUCCAUUGAAUAUAGCUGCACUGGAACCAAUAGAUGUGUGAAUAAAUCUGAUGCUGUCUUGUGCACUCGGGGUUGAAUUGAAUCCAUGUUUAAAACUGUGCAAGUCAAACAUAUUUUUCUAUGAGGAAAUAUUGUAAAUAGAAAUAUUUUUAAUGUACGUUUUUGAACCUUUUGUUGUUUAACUUGUUGAAUCGUUGAUUUUUUUUGCCUUAAAUUGCAUUUGAUGUUGUGUAGAGAGUUAUUUGAUUUGUUUGACCAAAGCGUUGAGUUUAUGACAAAGUGCAUUUUAUCAAGUUGAUAUUUUUGCUUUGACACGUUUUAGAUACUGUAUACUGUAUGUGUGUGCGUGCGUGUGUGAGUGAGCGUCUUUGUCGUAGAGUUGUAUUUACUGUGAACACGAAGACAGCUAUGACGAGUACACGUCAGUGUGUUAACGUACCGUCGUGUUCUCACUGAGCGUCUAUUUUACAGGUUUGGAUUGAAGCACUGUGUCAGAGGAUUACUUAGUCGAGGUUUUCAAACCUGCUAUGAAAGAAAAAAAAAGGCUUACGAGUUCUCGGAGGGUCUUGGUUUAACUGAAAACCUGCGUAGCAGAGUGGAACGUGUCAGCCAGGAGGGAGCAGUCUAGUCUCUUUCUUUCCCCGCCUGCAAUAGGUGGUCCAGUAAUUAGCUGUUUGAUUGCUACUACUAAGUAUGUAUGACUCUCUGUAGUGCCGCCCCUGUAAUUGCAGUGCACUGAAUAGCGUUACUUGGUAAAUGUAUAAUAUUGUAGAAUACUUAACUGCCUAACUCCAUUUUGUUUUGCAUUAAGAUUGUUAAAUACUGAAACAUGAUCAUCCCCAUCAAUGCAUAAGCUACACAAUAAUCAAGUUUGUAUAACACAGAGUGAUAUUUUUCUCCAUGACGAUACACUGGAGGAGUGAAAUAUGUAUGCUGGGCAGCAUUUUAGUACAAUGUUAGUAAAUGGCAAAUGAUGAUCUAAUGGUUAAAUGGUGAUUGUUCUGUGCGUGUUAAUUAUUUCAUAUUGUGGCUAUCAAUUGUCAUCUUUGUCAUACUCUGAACUGAUGAUGGAGUAGUUAUUUGUAAAUAAGGGGAGAAUAAGAAUGAAUGGUCAUAAAUUCAAACAGCACAUGUUGGGUGAAAUGCAAAUCAGAAUCCCAAUAGUCACAGAAAAAAGAAAAGGAUGUAGUAUACAAUGUAAAAUGAUUGCAUUUGUUUGGAGAUGUGUGUUAUAUAAUUAUCCUCUCACUAAGUACUAAUUCAUGUUUUCAAAUGAUUAGUCUGUACCAAAUCAUGACUUAACUAUUGGGUAUUGACCUAAUUUGCCAUUUAUUAACAAUUCGUAUGACUUGUUAAGUAGGCUUUGGUAAGUUAACUAACAUGGUGUGAAAAAUGUUGAUUGUUUGUUUUGUGGUCUUAUUCUUGGUCUUGUGAGUAUUUGACACUGGCCUUUUGACCAAUGUGGACAAAACACCUGGUUUCAUUGCUACAAAGUGUUUUGUACAGAUCUCCUGUAAUGAACAUGUUGUGUUUAUUGGACUCAGUCCGUCUUUCAUUAUUGCAUAAAUAAAGAUAUUUCACAUUCGAA